UUUUUCGAAGGAAACACUCCACACGUGUUGCGCUAUGCCCAAGUACUUUCUCCGUGCUAAAACGCACGAUCUCCCAAAUUGCCUUUACCCCUUCGGCAACACCCCGUUAUUCUGCUGAUGUGGUCAUCAUGUCAGGACGUUUGGAAACCAUGGUCAGACAAUCUGCGUUCUGUAGCAGUAGAUUUUAAAGGCACCUUUUACGAUCACGGAAGCCCAGCUGAACUCGUGUUUACAGUUAGCAAGUAAGCAAGCAAGUGUGUCAUCGACUACAGCGUUUGUUGGUUGAUAAAGUUCAAACCUAAGGUCAACGUAACCUGAUGUUAGAAUAGCGAUUUAUGUUUUUGAUCUUGAUAUCGGAGCGUAAGCUAUUUGUAGCUUCUCAUGAUGAUUUUGAAGAAAGUUCCACCUGUAUGGAUCUCGCGGGCCAUCUUUAGGAGCUACUACUCCGUGCCGCCCCAGCCGGUGCCACCCUUGUCCCAGACGCUGGAGGGGUAUCUGCGGGCACUGGAGCCUCUACUCCCCCCAGAUGAGUUGGCCCACACUCAGAAGAUAGUCAAGGAGUUCGGUAAAGAGAGAGGCCUUGGUCUCAGACUACAGGAAGGACUGGAGAAUAGGGCCAGAAACUCUCAGAACUGGAUAUCAGACUGGUGGAUGCACUGGGCCUACCUGGAGAACCGGCAGCCACUCCCCGUGCACUCCAACCCGGCCAUCUCGCUGCCCAGGCGGGACUUCUCCGACUGGAGAGGCCAGAUUGUGUUUGCUUCCAGGCUGAUUGCAGGGGUGUUGGACUUCAAAGCCAAAAUUGACAGUGGUCGGUUGCCGGUGGAGUACAUGCGUGGUCACCCCCUGUGCAUGGAGCUCUUCCCGCGCCUCUUCUCCUCCUGUCGGAUCCCAGGCCCCAGCCAUGACCAGGUGGUCCACUACGGGCGCUCACGCCGCGGCCCCACACACAUCACCGUGGUCCGCAACUACCAGUUCUUUCAGCUGGACGUGUAUAACAGUGACGGCACGCCACUAACAGAGGGGCAGAUCCACGCGCAGCUGCUCCGAAUCCGCUCGCAGUCCUGGAAGACGGACAAGGAGCCCAUGGGCAUCCUGACCAGCGAGCACCGCCACACCUGGGGCCAGGCCUACAACCGCCUGCUCAGAGACAAGAUCAACAAGGAGUCGGUGAGACUGAUUGAGAAAGGGCUCUUCACACUGUGCCUGGACUCACCCGUCAUGAGGAUCUCAGACGAGAAGUACUCUAGUCGAAUGGCAGCUCAGAUUCUACACGGGGGUGGGACUCACUCCAACAGUGGAAACCGCUGGUUUGACAAAACUCUUCAGUUUGUGGUGGGUGAGGAUGGAUCAUGGGGAUUACUGUAUGAGCAGGCCACUGCUGAGGGACCUCCCAUAGCCACUCUGUUGGAUCACAUACUCAAGUUCUGUAAAAAGGCAGAUAAGAAGAGAGCUCCAUUGAUUCCUCUUCCUAUGCCAAAGAAGCUUUAUUUCUACAUUGAUCCUGAGAUCAAGUGGGACAUUGAGAUGGCCAAACAGAAUCUAGACAUUCUGAUCAAUGACCUGGACGUCAAUUGCUUUAAUUUUCAAGACUUCGGUAAGGAGUUCGCUAAGCGACUAAACCUCAGUCCCAAUUCCCUCAUCCAGGUGGGUCUGCAACUAGCCUAUCAGAGGGUUCAUGGAGAGCCGUGCACUGCCUGUGACAUUGCCUCGCUCAGGAUGUUCAGGGCAGGACGCACAGACUAUAUCCGCUCCCCUACCAACCGGAGUCUUACAUUUGUGAUGGCCUUUGAUGACCCCAAUGUCUCGAGAGAAGCAAAAGUGGAGCUACUACGAGAGGCAGUGGCGGCUCACACACAACUCACUGAACAGGCACUAGAAGGGCAGGGCAUCGACCGCCACCUCCUGGGCCUAAAGCUUCAGGCCAUCGAGGAAGGGCUGAGUGUGCCCAGCAUGUUCAUGGACACGGCCUAUGGGCUAGCCACGCACUGGAAGCUACGCACAGGACAGGUGCCCUCAAACACGGACAGUGUGAUGUGUUUUGGGCCGCUGGUUCCCGAUGGCUACGCGGUCUGCUACAACCCCCAGUCCGACCACAUUCAUUUCUCUGUCACAGCUUUUAACUGCUGUGAGGAGACCAACUCUGAGACACUGGCUGUGACCUUGGAGAGCACACUGCGCGACCUUCAGUUGCUGCUGGAACCCACUGCGUAAACACUCCACUGGAUCUGUGGUUUAUUCAUUAAUGUGUUUUUUUGAUUUCCCAGAGUGUCAAAUUACAACGUCUGGCUUCAUUUGCCUUUGUUUGAUGCAUCCUAAAAAGCUUUUAUGGGACUGUGAGGAGACUGAUCAUAGGAAAAAAAAAAAAAAAAGACAAGGCCGUCCGAGACACCA